UCUAUACCGCAUUUGAUCGCUUUGGGGAAUUUUAAGCGGUAGCAAAGAGAAUCUUCCGCCAUUCUAUAUUCUGAAUUUUUGUGAAAGCGAGGUACAUACAUUCUGUUUUUGCACAGUCCGUCCAAAAACACAAGAAACAAUGACGUCGAUGACUCCUGUCGUAAUAGCGGCUACGGCCAGGCACACGGCCACGCUGAUAUUUUUCCAUGGAUUGGGUGAUACAGGGCAUGGCUGGGCCAGCUCAAUGAGCGCGGUACGAUUACCUCAUAUGAAAGUUAUUUGUCCUACUGCGCCUACAAUGCCUGUGUCAUUAAAUGCAGGAUUUAUAAUGCCAUCCUGGUUUGAUUUGCGAACACUGGAUCCUAGUGGAGCUGAAGAUGAAGAAGGUAUAAAGAAAGCUGCAGACAUGGUACACUCUUUAAUUGCACAAGAAGUUGCAGCAGGGAUUCCUACAAAGCGCAUUGCAAUUGGUGGUUUUAGUCAAGGUGGUGCUCUAGCUAUAUAUAGUGCUCUUACAUUUCCAGAACCCUUAGCUGGUAUUGUAGCUUUAUCAUGUUGGCUUCCUUUACAUCAGAAGUUCCCUGCUGAAGCAAUAGGAAAUACAAAUACUCCAUUGCUACAGUGUCAUGGCGAUUGCGAUCCAAUAGUACCAUAUAGAUGGGGACAAAUGACUGCAUCUUAUCUCAAACAAUUUAUGACACAAACAGAAUUUAAAACGUACAGGGGAAUGAUGCACACAUUCUACGAAGAGGAAAUGAGCGACAUGAAGAAAUUCAUUGAAAAAGUAUUGCCAUAAUAGUUCUGUAAAACACAUCAAUGUUUUCAGUGUUUACCCUUAUCUUAUUGUUCUUUAUUAAAUUAAUUACUUCCAACAUUACUGCUACUUAAAUCUAGAGCUUGGUGACAGAAUAAAUGAAACGCAGUAGUAGGUAAAAAUAUUUAAAAUAUUAAGAAACAGAAAUCAAUACUAAUAAAAAGUUUGAUUCCAUUGUGGCA